CUCAUGAGUUUAUCUCAUUUUUAUUUGUUUGCUUUUAAAGCGGGGGAUAAGAGACGAAGGGUGCAGCUGAGACACAGAGAGAGACAGAGAGAGAAAGAGGUCGUCUAUAUUUGUGUGUCCUAAACAAACACUCCCACAAAUCCCUUCUCUUUUGUGUGCUUCCUUAAUUAAUGGCUGAAGGUAUUGAAUCCUUCGACCAUGUCCCUCAACAAAGCCGGCGCGACAAGCUCCGGGAACAUUCCGACCACCGUUCCACUUUCCUCCCUUUCUACGACGACCCUUCAUCCUUAAUCUCCCCCCCAUCCGACUCCACCCAUCGUUUCCAAUUCCAGCACCACCCUUUCUUCGACCCCCAAAUCCAAUCCUCCCUCUUACCCGACAUCCAUCAUCAAAACCAUUGCUUCACCUCCGAGCCUCUCUCCCUCUCCCUCUCCUCUCAGCCCUUCCUCGCCGCCCCUAUUCCCGCCGCCCUCCCUCUCGGCCCUUUCACCGGCUACGCUUCCAUUUUAAAAGGCUCCAGGUUUUUAAAGCCUGCCCACCAGUUGCUAGAGGAGCUUUGCGAUGUGGUUGGCCUUCAUCCCGCCUUCCCCUCCUCUUCCUCCCUCAACUCUCCCCCUUCUCCUUCUCCCUCUGCUUUCAUGGAUGACCCUUCCUCUGACUCUCCAAUUCUCGACCACCAUCCCCUUGCUUCCUCUCAUUCUGCCCCUCCUAUCAAAUCCACCCUUCUCUCAAUGCUCGAUGAGAUUUACAGGAAAUAUAAGCAGUACUAUCAACAAGUUCAGGAAGUAAUGACAUCUUUUGAGUACAUCUCUGGCCUUGGGAAUGCAGCGCCCUAUGCAAACCAGGCUAUUAAAGUGAUGUACAAGCAUUUCAAGUGCUUGAAAAAUGCAAUUCUUGACCAACUUCAAUUCAAUAAGAAGACUCGUGGUGACUACGGUCAAAGAUCCGGUCAGAACCCGGGAUUUCUCGACCAUCAGCCUGUUUGGCGACCGCAACGGGGGCUUCCCGAACGAGCAGUCACCGUUCUUCGUGCUUGGUUGUUCGAACAUUUUUUGCAUCCUUAUCCUUCUGAUACAGACAAGCUUAUGUUGGCAAAACAGACUGGUCUGUCUCGUAGUCAGGUAUCUAACUGGUUCAUUAAUGCAAGAGUUAGGCUUUGGAAGCCAAUGGUUGAAGAAAUAUACAUGCUUGAAACCAAACAAACACAGAAGAAUUUGCAUAGAGAUGAUCGCGACUCCAACAGGCUAAACGAUCACCAUCCAACCAACUUGCUCGCCAUCGAUAACCCCUCUAAAUCCGCUCAAGAAAUUCAAGAUACUCCUACCAAACGUACCCGAAACAAACCUCACGAAGUGCCAAUGGGAAAUCACGACGAGCCCUUGAACGUGUCUUACAACGUUUCGAGCCAUCCCCAUGUAGGCUCAAAUGCAAAUAUGGGGGGGAACAACAAUGGAGUUUCGCUAACUCUUGGUCUUCACCAGAACAACAAUAACGGCAUUGGUGGUGGCUUUUCAGAACCCUUUCCUGUUGGGUUCCCCGUUGCGGCGACUCGACGUUUCGGGCUGGGAAUUCAAGGCAGUAGUGAUGGGUAUGUAAUGGGAGGACAUUUUGGUAGAGAUGUUGUUGGAGGGCAGCUGUUACAUGACUUUGUAGGGUGAAAUUGAUUGUGGGGUUUGAAGUUAUGAUGUUAGGAAGACAAGAGGUUCCAUAUUAUUUGGCAGUGAAGCUGUAUUAAGAUAUAUAUAUAUAGGGUUUAGAUGAGUAAAAACUAGUAGAGAAGAGCAUAAGCAAAUGGCAUACCUCCCAAUUCCUACCAGAUAAAACAAAAGAUAGAUGAGAAUUCAAACCUCAAAACGCCAUUAUUUGCCAUUAUGUAACAAUUUCUUUAGGACAGAACAGGAAGAGUGUUCUCUAUGUAGGUGGCGUGUUCUUACGCAUUUUUAGAGAAUAAUCGUUGUUCGAAAUUUAACCCUAAUUUGCCGUUUGGGAUGUAUGUAUGUAUGUAUGUAUGUAUGUGUGAAUGAAUGAUUGGGAUUUCGAAGUUU